AUGGCUCGCGGGAACAGCCAAGCUCCAGCUGCGAAGUCGAAGCCAAAGGCCAAAGCACACAAGAGUGAGAAAAAUAAACAAAGUGCUUGUUCAGCCAGCCGACAGGAAUCGGAUAUCCCACAGGAACUGCAGCAACAAUGCUUGAACGUCUUCCAGAAUGCUCUUAAGCCUAGCGAACAAGAUGCAACGAUCUUGCAGGAAGUCAAGGGUCAUCUCUACAACCGAGACUUCGCCAUUGCUUUUGGCAAAGAGGAAUACCUUCGAGUCUACGCUUCACGAUGGAGUCCGAGCAGGGCGUUAGCUUACGUUCAGAUCCUGGUAGACGUUCAGAACCAGCUUCUAAAGAUCGGAAGCAAGACAGAAGGUGGAGCAAAGGAACAUGCACUCAACACUGUCUGCAUAGGUGGUGGAGCUGGCGCGGAGGUCAUGGCUCUGGCUGGCUGGAUCAUGGUCGACACUACCGUCUUGAACCAUUUCCAUCAUAUUGAUGCAAUCUUCUUGGACGUUGCUGCCUGGGACAGCAUCGUACAGGACCUGCAUCAGGCCAUUGUCGUUCCCCCAGAACUGUCCAAAUAUGCUUCAGCCGCUGCCAAGGAGGCCAAUGCUGCCAUGCUGCAGCCGGAGGUCUACAAGGCCAAUUUCGGCCAAAUCGAUGCGCUGAGCAUGAGCUCGGAGCAGACCCGUGAAGUCUUUGCGAAUGCGGAACUGGUCACCCUGCUGUUCACUCUUAACGAGCUCUACUCGAACUCUGUUCCAAAGACACAGCAAUUGCUGUCCAAGCUGACCUCGACGCUACGUGCUGGGGCACACUUGCUUGUUGUUGACAGUCCUGGAAGCUACUCCACGGUCUCGAUCAACGGAGCCGAGAAGAAGUACCCUAUGCAGUGGCUAUUGGACUACACUUUGAUUGGAUCAGGCAAGCAAGAUGUUAUCCACGAGCACAAAUGGGAGAAGCUCGUGUCUGACGAUUCGAGGUGGUUUCGUAUGCCCGAGGGCCUGAAGUACCCCAUCGAGCUGGAGAAUAUGCGAUAUCAGAUACACCUCUACAGGAGACUACCGGAAGCUGAGAACAAGGCUUGA